CUUAGCUGUUGCUGUUACCACCUCCAACAACUUUUACUGAAAAAAAAAAUUAUGGCUUCCAAUAAAAUAUAUAUAUCAAAAAUGUUUUAAAAAUGACUAACUGUUUAGUCUAUAUUUUAGUUUUAGGAUUAAUCAACUUUACAAUAUGUGAUGUACGUCUACAAAUCGUUAAAAACACAGAAGACUUUAUAACACCCGUGUCUAACACAGUGGAAGAAAAAGUUGGUGCUACUUUUUCUCUGAUAUGCGAACUGAUUUCGACAGCAAACGAUAAAGAAGUUGUAGAUGACAAUCUAGUAUGGAUCAGGGGACACAGUCCCUCAAACCAGACAAGAUCCAACUCCAUAGGAUCAAACAAGAAUUCUUACACCCGUUUAGGAGGACUGAACAAGUCUGAAAAGAGGUUCGAACCUCUACAGAUUGAAGACAAAGGGAAUUACUAUUGCGUUAGCCGCAAGUUUAACUUAUCAAAAAAUGUGCAUAUCUUAGUUAUAGACAAUAUAAAAAGGAACGAGUUGCGACCUAUGAGAGAAACAAUAUUUUGUACUGAUCAGAUGUUCCACUGCAUGUCCAAUGGGGUGUGUAUAAUUCCCCAUUAUGUGUGUGACGGAAUCCCGGAUUGUAAAGAUGGAUCUGACGAAAACCAAUGCAACGGUAAUCCGUGUAGAGAUAAAAUACCAUGUGACGACGGCAGAUGUAUACCAAGCAGUUGGUGCUGUGAUAGACACCAUGACCAAAACUGCACUGUUACCAACAGGCCUAAAUGUUGUCAAGUAUUAUCGGAAUCUUAUGAAGAACUAGAGUAUGGUGGUCCGAAUGUGAGCCACCCUCAGCAUAGCGGUGCCAGAUAUUUAUUUAUAUCUGUCUGUAUUGUCAGCAUCCUCUUCUCUAUCGUUCUCCUUCUUCUCAUAGUCUCGAAAGUCGUCAUAUUUGCCAAGAAAACCGCACUACAACAGCAACGUCACAACUUGUGCGAGAACAUUGCACUGCGCAACCAAACAAACGUCAAUAUAAUCCGCGCUAACUUCACGCCCACUAAUAUAUAUACCGUGCGGGGCAACUCCCGUACCCCUCGCUCAAACGAACGAAACAUAAUCAUAGACACUUCGGACGUUAACGAUCCCUUACUAUUCAAUGCGGCCAGGUUUAACGUUAGCAACACGGGUGGUUUCAACGAUCAACCGCCUUCGUACGUCGACGUUCUGAGAAAUAACAGAUUGAUAAGCGAACCUCCACCUCCGUACACAAGUAGAGAGAUACUUAACGUAAAUGAGGAGAGACAGGAAAGAAUAUGACAGGCUUCUGUGUUACGUUUAUUGUUACAACUCCUCCCUUUUGACCGUAACCGCCAAGUUACAAGUUAAAUGCACUUUUUACCCAAGGGAGGAGUUUCUAACGAGUUCCCGAGAUUAUUUAUUGUUUGGUAGCGAUCUGUUUAACAAAGCUUCUCUUAAAUUUUAUCCGUUAACUUUCUCGUCACUAUUAUGACAAGACAAGUAUUAUUAUAUACUCUAGUGAUCUGUUACUGAAAUUACUUGAUGGAUUGUUGGUAUGUAUUCUUAAGUACGAUGUCCUUCGGCUCAGAAUGUACAUAUACAUAUAUUUUACAUAUCUUAAGCAAUAUCUGUUAGUGUAUGAAUUCGUUUUAAGUAUUAUCUGACUCGAUAACGGUGCCCGCAAUGUUUUCACAGGGACGAGGUUUUAGAUCAUCGCAAAUUUUUUAAAUAUUUAUUUUUCUUUGUACAAGUACUUAAAGAAAUGUAGCGUACAUUUUUUGUUUUUCUGUCCUGUUGUAAACAUUGUUGGAUUAUUUUGUUUUAUAUAGUUGAUAAAGAUGUUCUAUUUUCUGCAAAAAUAUACUCUAAGGCUAUGCGUUUUAUCAUAUGAACUUCAAAUUACGAACUUUGCAAUCAGACUGUAUUUUUUGGUACUGUUAGUACAAAUAAAAUUUUGAGAUUGAUAUAUUUUGGUAAA